GGGAGGGGAGCGGGAGCGAGGGAGGGUUUAUCGACCGGGCGAUUUUGGUUAAAAUAUUCAAAAUGGCGGACGGAGGAGCAGCGAGUCAAGAUGAGAGUUCAGCCGCGGCGGCAGCAGCAGCAGACUCAAGAAUGAACAAUCCGUCAGAAUCCAGUAAACCAUCUAUGGAGAGUGGAGAUGGCAACACGGGCACACAAACCAAUGGUCUAGACUUUCAGAAGCAGCCUGUGCCUGUCGGAGGAGCUAUCUCAACAGCCCAAGCCCAAGCUUUCCUUGGACAUCUCCAUCAGGUCCAGCUUGCUGGAACAAGUUUACAGGCUGCUGCUCAAUCUUUAAAUGUACAGGCUAAAUGUAAUGAAGAAUCGGGGGAUUCCCAGCAACCAAGUCAGCCUUCCCAGCAGCCUUCAGUGCAGGCAGCCAUUCCUCAGACCCAGCUUAUGCUGGCUGGAGGACAGAUAACCGGGCUUACUCUGACACCGGCUCAACAACAGCUGUUACUGCAGCAGGCGCAGGCCCAAGCACAGCUGCUGGCCGCUGCAGUACAGCAACACUCUGCCAGCCAGCAGCACAGUGCCGCAGGGGCCACCAUCUCAGCCUCCGCCGCCACGCCCAUGACGCAGAUCCCCCUGUCUCAGCCCAUACAGAUUGCACAGGAUCUUCAACAGCUGCAACAGCUUCAGCAGCAGAAUCUCAACCUGCAGCAGUUUGUGUUGGUGCAUCCAACUACGAACCUGCAGCCAGCGCAGUUCAUCAUCUCACAGACACCCCAGGGCCAACAGGGUCUCCUGCAAGCGCAAAAUCUUUUAACACAACUACCUCAGCAAAGCCAAGCCAACCUCCUGCAGUCGCAGCCAAGCAUCACCCUCACCUCCCAGCCAGCAACCCCAACACGCACAAUAGCAGCAACCCCAAUUCAGACACUUCCACAGAGCCAGUCAACACCAAAGCGAAUUGAUACUCCCAGCUUGGAGGAGCCCAGUGACCUUGAGGAGCUUGAGCAGUUUGCCAAGACCUUCAAACAAAGACGAAUCAAACUUGGAUUUACUCAGGGUGAUGUUGGGCUUGCCAUGGGGAAACUAUAUGGAAAUGACUUCAGCCAAACUACCAUCUCUCGCUUUGAAGCCUUGAACCUCAGCUUUAAGAACAUGUGCAAGUUAAAGCCACUUUUGGAGAAGUGGCUAAAUGAUGCAGAUGGCAUUAAUCAAAUGAAUACUAAUAUCAUCAUGAGACAGCUGGACAAUCAAACUGGUGGAAGCACGAUUGUCUCUCGAGGAACUCAAGAUCAUUUUGAGUUCAAAAAGCUAUUCCAAAAGAUGAUAUUUUUUCCCCUUCAGAAUCAAAAGCCUACCUCGGAAGAGAUCACAAUGAUUGCUGAUCAGCUCAACAUGGAAAAGGAGGUGAUUCGUGUUUGGUUUUGUAACCGCCGCCAGAAGGAAAAAAGAAUCAACCCACCGAGCAGUGGUGGGACCAGCAGCUCCCCUAUCAAAGCAAUUUUCCCCAGCCCAACUUCACUGGUGGCGACCACACCAAGCCUUGUGACAAGCAGCACAGCAACCACCCUCACCGUCAGCCCUGUCCUCCCUCUGACCAGUGCUGCAGUGACUAAUCUCCCAGUUACAGGCACUACAGACGCCACCUCCAACAACACGGCAACCGUGAUUUCCACAGCACCUCCAGCUUCCUCAGCAGUCACAUCUCCCUCUCUGAGUCCCUCCCCUUCUGCCUCAGCCUCCACCUCUGAGGCAUCCAGUGUCAGUGAGACCAGCACAACACAGACCACCUCCACUCCUUUGUCCUCCCCUCUUGGGGCCAGCCAGGUGAUGGUGACAGCGUCAGGCUUGCAAACAGCAGCAGCUGCCGCCCUCCAAGGAGCUGCGCAGUUGCCAGCAAAUGCCAGUCUGGCUGCCAUGGCUGCUGCUGCAGGACUAAACCCAGGCCUGAUGGCACCCUCACAGUUUGCGGCUGGAGGUGCCUUACUCAGUCUCAAUCCAGGGACCCUGGGCGGUGCUCUCAGCCCAGCUCUGAUGAGCAACAGUACACUGGCAACUAUUCAAGCUCUUGCUUCUGGUGGCUCUCUUCCAAUAACGUCACUGGAUGCAACUGGGAACCUGGUAUUUGCCAAUGCAGGAGGAGCCCCCAACAUCGUGACCGCCCCUCUGUUCCUGAACCCUCAGAACCUCUCUCUGCUCACCAGCAACCCGGUUAGCUUGGUCUCUGCUGCCGCAGCCUCUGCAGGGAACUCUGCACCUGUAGCCAGCCUUCACGCCACCUCCACCUCAGCUGAGUCCAUCCAGAACUCUCUCUUCACAGUGGCCUCUGCCGGCGGGGCUGCGCCCACCACCAGCACCGCCUCCAAGGCGCAGUGAGCUGGGCAGAGCAGGGCUGCCGGGAGCCUUUUACUCUGCAGUGUAACUGGGCUGCCAGCCAGGUUAAUAAAACUGAAAAAUGUGAUUGGCUUCCUCUCGCCACCAUGUUGUGAGAGCAAAGGAGAGAAGGGAGAGAA